CCGGAGGCGGUCCUUCUACUGACGGGAGGGUGGAGUGUGCGCCGGGUAAUUCGGUAGCUACGGAAAGGUGGCGAUCAGCGUUCGUUUUCUCUGGGCCUAGCAGUCAAACUUUUGUUAUCUUGCUAUUUUUGAGACAGGGUCUCGCUGUGUAACUCUUGUUAGCUUUGAAAGUAAUGUAGCUCAAGCUGGCCUGGAACACGCGGCGAUGCUACCCGGCUUCCAGGAUGCUAACUUUACAGGCUGGAUCAGCCUUAGGAGUUUUUGUUUUGCUUUGUUUUGACUGGUGCUCGUGUUGUACACGCUUGCCUCGAACAUGAUACUCUGUACUACACUUCCCAAGUACAGUGAGCCACCAUUCCUGGCUUGGGUAUCUUUACAUACAGGACUUUUAAAGGAAUAAGCUUUUUUUUUUUUUUAAUUACAUUUAUGUAUGUAUUGGAGUCGGACUCCUGUGGCAAAGAUGCUGGCGAUCAGAGGACAACUAAAGUCAGAUGACUCUUUCUUUCCACCAUGUGGAUCUCAGAUAGCCAACUCAUUGCACCAGGCUUCACAGGCAAACCCUGUCCUCGGAGCCAUCUUUGCCCCUUAAUAUUGUUUUGAAAGCGUGUUUAGAAGUGGCCCCGGUGUUCCAGACCUACCUGGUUCUCUUAGCCUCUUCCUCCUUUCCUUCCUUUUAUACUAGCUAAUCUUCCUUCUAGCUUAAAGCCUCCGAAUUUGGAUCUCUUGAGAUGAAGGGAAAGCCUGUUAUAGCAGACGAUCAUUUACAGAAGGAAGAUUAUAAAUGUCAGCCAUUUAACUGAUGGGUUAGCUGUUAAAUUCUGAUGCUUUUUGUGCCAGCCUCUUCACUGGAAAAAUUUCAGGAAAAGCAGAAGAGAACAUCCACAUUAGCAAUGGCUAUACCAAUAACAGUGCUUGACUGUGAUCUCUUGCUCUAUGGCCGAGGUCACCGGACCUUGGACCGUUUUAAGCUGGAUGAUGUAACUGAUGAAUACCUGAUGUCCAUGUAUGGAUUUCCCCGACAAUUCAUUUACUACUUAGUGGAACUCUUGGGGGCAAGUCUUUCUCGACCUACUCAGCGAUCUAGGGCUAUUAGCCCAGAGACACAGAUCCUGGCAGCAUUAGGGUUUUAUACCUCAGGUUCCUUCCAGACUCGAAUGGGAGAUGCAAUUGGAAUUAGUCAAGCCUCUAUGAGUCGCUGUGUUGCCAACGUCACUGAAGCCCUUGUGGAGCGGGCCUCACAGUUUAUUCACUUUCCAGCUGACGAAGCUGCCAUACAGUCUCUAAAGGACGAAUUCUAUGGAUUGGCAGGGAUGCCAGGGGUGAUAGGGGCAGUUGACUGUAUCCAUGUAGCAAUCAAGGCACCAAAUGCUGAAGACCUCUCUUACGUGAACCGGAAGGGUCUGCAUUCUUUAAACUGCCUGGUGGUAUGUGACAUCAGAGGGGCACUGAUGACUGUGGAGACAAGCUGGCCAGGUAGCCUGCAGGACUGUGCUGUGCUACAGCAGUCUUCUUUAUCCAGUCAGUUUGAAACUGGGAUGCCCAAAGAUAGCUGGCUUCUUGGUGACAGUUCCUUCUUUCUCCACACCUGGCUCUUGACUCCACUGCAUAUUCCUGAAACUCCAGCAGAGUAUCGCUAUAAUAGGGCCCAUUCUGCAACUCACAGUGUGAUAGAGAAGACUUUGCGGACCCUCUGCUGUAGGUUCCGGUGCCUGGAUGGAUCGAAAGGGGCGCUGCAGUACUCACCGGAGAAAUCCAGCCACAUCAUCUUAGCUUGCUGUGUCCUUCACAACAUUUCCCUGGAACACGGGAUGGAUGUGUGGUCCUCUCCCGUGACUGGACCCAUUGAGCAGCCCCCUGAGGGCGAGGAUGAGCAAAUGGAGUCUCUGGACUUAGAGGCUGACCGAAUCCGGCAGGAGCUGAUACUCACUCAUUUUAGUUAAUAUGGAAGGUAGAGGGAGGAGGAAGAGUUUCCAGAAUGAACUGUGACAACGUUCCCCCUUACUAGCCAUUGGGAAGUUCAAUCAUCCAGUGGUACUGAAUGUGGGCACUUGUCAUGAAUUAACAUUUAAAAUUUUAGAUGGGGGGUUGGGGAUUUGGCUCAGUGGUAGAGCACUUGCCUAGCAAGCGCAAGGCCCUGGGUUCGGUCCCCAGCUCCAAAAAAAAAAAAAAAAAAAAAAAAAGUUUUAGAUGGGCAGGUACAAGGGCAAAUGUGUCAAUUAAACCUAAAUCAAGAUAGUGCUUCCUAAUGUGGGGUGAACCCUGGGCUGUGUGCUAUUCUUUGAAAGUUCACUGGUUGCCACAGCAGAGUCACACAGUAAACCGGAAGACAGCACACAGCCAAGGCAUUUUGUUCUUGUUUCAACUAUCUGGAGAUCUCAAAUGAAAAGUGUUUGUCCUGAUUUAGUUAUGUAUUCAUUUAUUGCUAGUUUGUCUGAGACAGUUUUUUUUAUAUAGCACAGGCUGUCCUGGUGCUUACUAUGUAGCCCACCAUUGCCCUGGCUCUUGUAGCAGUCCUCCUGCCUCAGCCUCCCAAGUACUGGUAUAAGCCAUCCUGCCUGCUGCCCUGACUCUUUGUUUUUCUUCUCUGCUGUCUAAGAGGCGACUAGAAAGAAAGAAUGAAUUUAGUUGAGAAGUGAUCGUCUAAUAUAAGUAAGUGAGCACUUGCCUAGUCUGUGUGAGGUAUUGAUCCCUAGAACUAAAAGAAAGAAACAAUAAAGAGAAAAGAACUGCU